GUGCACCGUUAGACCAAUAUCUUUCCCCGCUCUGGAUCUUUUUAUUCAUACGGGGUUCCGCCUUGUUCCAGUGCCAUCAUCAUCUCUAUAUUACGUUGAUAAGAAACGGCCGGUCAAUCACCUCCCUUCCAGCCAUCAUGGACUACAGCAACGAACCAGAACACUCGGAGUUACUCGUGGUGCAAGCACAAGAGCCGUUCAAUGCGGAACCGUUGUCUGCUGCCCUCGUUGAGUUCCAAUUGACUCCUGAGGAGCUUGUGUAUUGCAGAAACCAUGGGCCCGUCCGAGAGUUCUCAGAAGACGAUUAUACGCUCACCAUCAAAGGAAUGGUGGACAAAGAAGUGACCCUGUCGAUGAAGGAUAUCAAAACGAUGUUUCCACAAACCAGGGUGAUUGCAGCGCUUCAGUGCGCCGGAAACAGACGCAACGAGAUGGGUGCUAUCAAACGUGUACACGGCGUAGGAUGGGACGACGGUGUUAUUGCCAACUGCAGCUGGGGUGGGGUACGACUCUGUGAUGUGUUGAAGUAUACCGGGAUCCAGCAGGACAAUGCACACGUAUGCUUCACGUCGUAUGCCACGCUGUGCCAGGAUGAUGCCUAUUACGGCUCUUCGAUUCCCGUUGAGAAGGCGAUGAAUGCUGAGAAGGAUGUUCUGUUAGCUUUCGAGAUGAAUCACGAGGCCUUGCGGGCAGAACAUGGUGGACCUCUGCGCCUCAUUGUCCCAGGUGUGUUAGGUGCCAGAUGGGUGAAAUGGCUUGAUACGAUCAUCGUUUCCCCGGACGAGUCGCCCAAUUACUAUCAGCAGACGGACUACAAGGUCCUGCCGCCGACUAUCGAAACCAAAGCUGACGCUAAAGAUGUGUGGUCCAAGUACCCUGCCAUAGAAUCCCUUCCGCUGAACUCGAUCGUUGCUUCGGCAAUUCACGAUCCUUCAUCAUCGGCUCUCUUUGUGAAAGGGUACGCUGUUCCGGGAUCAGAGGGAAAUGUUGCAUCUGUCGAAGUGUCGAUCGACGAGGGUAAGAGCUGGGUAUCGGCAAAGAUAACCUAUCAGAAGGGACGAUGGAGUUGGACAUUGUGGGAAGUCGAAGUGUUUGAUGUACCUCAAAGUGGUACUGUUUUCUCUCGUGCUAUUGAUGAUCUUGGAAGGGUGCAAAAUAAAGAAUGUAUGUGGAAUAUGCGGGGCGUAGCAUACAAUGCUUGGGGACAGAAGCGUUGGUAACAUUCAAUAAGGUCGACAUUAAUUGACUGG